AUGGCUUCCCGUACCAUCCCCCGUGCCUUCCGCAUGGCCCGCGUGGCCGCCCCUCGCUCCGUCGUCACUGCCGCCCUUCCCCGGCCUUCUCUGGCCAAGGUCGUCCCCCGUGUCGCCCAGGUCGCCCCCGUCCGUGGUGUCAAGACCAUUGACUUUGCCGGUGUCAAGGAGGAUGUCUACGAGCGUGCCGAUUGGCCCCGUGAGAAGCUCCACGAGUUCUUCAAGAACGACACCCUGGCCCUCAUCGGCUACGGCUCCCAGGGUCACGGCCAGGGUCUCAACCUCCGUGACCAGGGCCUGAACGUUAUCGUCGGUGUCCGCAAGGAUGGUACUUCCUGGAAGGAGGCCAUCCAGGAUGGCUGGGUCCCCGGCAAGAACCUGUUCGAUGUCAACUCCGCCAUUGAGAAGGGUACCAUCAUCAUGAACCUCCUCUCCGAUGCCGCCCAGUCCGAGACCUGGCCCGCGAUCAAGCCCCUCCUCACCAAGGGCAAGACCCUCUACUUCUCCCACGGUUUCUCCCCCGUCUUCAAGGACCUCACCAAGGUCGAUGUCCCCACUGACGUCGACGUCAUCCUCGUUGCCCCCAAGGGCUCCGGCCGUACCGUCCGCUCUCUCUACCGUGAGGGCCGUGGUAUCAACUCCUCCAUUGCCGUCUUCCAGGACGUCACCGGCCAGGCCAAGGAGAAGGCCAUCGCCAUGGGUGUUGCUGUCGGCUCCGGAUACCUCUACGAGACCACCUUUGAGAAGGAGGUCUACUCCGACCUCUACGGUGAACGUGGCUGCCUGAUGGGCGGUAUCCACGGUAUGUUCCUCGCCCAGUACGAGGUUCUCCGCGAGCGCGGUCACUCCCCCUCCGAGGCCUUCAACGAGACCGUUGAGGAGGCCACCCAGUCCCUGUACCCCCUCAUCGGUGGCAACGGUAUGGACUGGAUGUACGCUGCCUGCUCCACCACCGCCCGCCGCGGUGCCAUCGACUGGUCCAGCCGCUUCAAGGACAACCUGAAGCCCCUCUUCAACGAGCUCUACGACAGCGUCCGUGACGGCACUGAGACCCAGCGCUCCCUCGACUACAACGGCCAGAAGGAUUACCGUGAGAAGUACGAGAAGGAGAUGCAGGAGAUCCGUGAUCUUGAGAUCUGGCGCGCCGGCAAGGCUGUCCGCUCCCUCCGCCCCGAGAACCAGAAAUAA